AUGACCUUGGACAAAGCAGGUAUUAGAAGCAAAUUCAUCGGCGAAUUCGACGAGUUGGUCAAGGAACUCGUAGAGAUCUUGACCGACUACAAGAUGCCCCAAGAAGCCAUCGACUGGUUUGUGAAGUCUUUGAACUACAACACUCCAGGUGGUAAGUUGAACAGAGGAUUAUCCGUGAUUGAUACCUACUGUAUUUUGAAAAAUACCCCAUUGGAGGAGUUGUCCGGCCCAGAAUACAAGAAGGUUGCACUCUUGGGUUGGUGUAUUGAAUUGUUACAGGCAUACUUCUUGGUAGCUGAUGAUAUGAUGGAUCAAUCCAAGACCAGAAGAGACCAGCCAUGUUGGUACUUGGUCCCUGGUGUCGACAACAUUGCCAUCAACGACUCUUUCAUGUUGGAAGGUGCCAUCUACAUACUCUUGAAGAAGUACUUCCGUCAAGACAGCUACUACGUCGACUUAUUGGAUUUGUUCCACGAGGUGACCUUCCAAACUGAAUUGGGUCAAUUAUUGGACUUAAUCACCAGUGACGAACAAAACGUUGACUUGGACAAGUACACGUUGGAAAAGCAUUCGUUCAUUGUCAGAUUCAAGACCGCCUACUACUCGUUCUACUUGCCAGUUGCCUUAGCCAUGUUCGUUUGCGGCGUCACCGACGAAAAGGACUUGAAGCAGGCCCAGGACAUCUUGAUCCCAUUGGGAGAGUAUUUCCAAGUCCAGGAUGAUUUCUUGGAUUGCUUCGGUACUCCAGAGCAAAUCGGGAAGAUUGGUACCGAUAUCAAGGACAAUAAGUGCUCGUGGGUUGUCAACCAGGCUUUGUUAAAGGUCAACCCAGAGCAGAGAAAGGUCUUGGACGAGAAUUACGGUCAGAAGUCCGACGAAUGUGAAGCAGUUUGUAAAAAGCUCUUCAAGGAUUUGGGCAUUGAACAAACCUACUUAGACUACGAAGAAUCCGUUGUAGGAGACAUCAAGAAACAAAUCGAAGCCUUGGAUGAGUCCAGAGGUUUGAAGAAACAAGUCUUGUACGAGUUCUUGGGCAAAGUUUACAAGAGAAGCAAGUGA